AUGGCUCGUUAUGCCACUGGCCAAGGUUACCUCUGGGCGUUCGCGGAUCAUGUUCCAACGAUUCAACGGGACCUGUCUAUGAAGGCCUUUCGUGCCACACAGGUCAUGAUGGUCGAAUGUCCUGCGUCAGCGCUGAGAUUUAUCGCCAUGAGGCACUCGACCUGCCGUGGAAAAGUAUUGUUAGACCUUCUUCGCGCCUCAGUUCCACAUUCGCUCAGAGCUGCCGGCGUUUCAGAGUUGAAGCCAAUGUCCAGAAGCAGUGGAAGCAGCUGGCAUGACACUCAGGUGUGCCUGUAUGCAGAACAGAAGGAUACCAUGCGGAUGGUCACAUUGGACGUUGGAAUGGGCAUCUGGACGCCAGGAGUGCUGAGCCUCGUGAGUGCAGCUCCGAUGCCCGACUUCAAUUAUCCAGUGAAACUUGUUGUUACAGCGUGCCCUUUCACGGAGAUAGCUGCAUUCAAGCCCGUUCGUUCGAAUGGGGCGGAGCACGCCCGAGCUUAUUAA